AUGGAUACUCAUCCUUAUGCAACUGACGAUCUUGGCCAGCUUUUCUACGAUAAUUCAACUUCAUUAGAAUCAGUAAAUGCAGAGACGAAUAUUUCAGCUAGCAGUACUCUUGUUGAAUACGAUUACAAUCCAUCGGAUUCAUUUUCUGACACUGUCUCCCCUGAGUCAAGUUUACCCGACAACAUGGAUACAUGUAUAAAGGAACUUAUUGAAAAUUUCAAAUCGACAGAAUCAAAAACAUUACAACUUGUUUACCCUCUAGAAAAUACAUAUCGAGCACGCUACAAAAGUGAUUAUUUCCCACAAAAUGGUACUGUUCGGAGACCACGUUACAUAGCUGAUAAUAGAUGCAAUCAUUUUAUAACAUUACGGCUGCCAACAGACUAUAAAAAUGAAUUAAAAAAUGAUUAUGUGCGUGUUGCAUUAAUAACGAUAUUUAUUGAAGAUCAUGGACAUUAUUAUAGCCCAUAUAAAUUUCAAAAAAACCAUGAUGAUAUUAACGUACCUGAUGAAAAUCCGAUUUACAUUAAAAUAGAUGAUAGUCGACAGACAAAAUCUAUCAUUCAACUACAACUUGUUUUAAUUAAAUCUAAAUUAGAUCAGCUUAAUUAUGUUCAACCCUUAAGACCCUUUUCUGAUACAAAUGCUCGUAUACAAAACAUAAAUCAUGAAGAACAAUUAACACCAAAAGAUUUAAUUAAUAGAUAUCAGUUAGAAAAAUCUCAUCUAGCAUUUACAUUAUGUGCAAAACUUUCGAAUGGUUUUUACCAAAUGCACCCAGAAACAACAGUUAUAUCAUCAAUUAUUACUGAAAUACCAACAGUAAAAAAGCCAAGUGAAACAACUGCAUUAUUUUCAUCGGAUAAUACGAAACACAGUAUUUCUUGUCCAGUUUGUGCACACUGUUUCGACCCCGAUACACCUUUAAAAUUACCGGAAAGAAGCCUAUGUAAAUCAAGCCAUGAAGCAUCAUAUUCGUAUUCGAAAACAGAUGGGCAAAUACGUGCAAAUAAAAAGAAAAAAAAAUGA